AUAACCUUUUACGUAAAAAAAGAAAAAUCUAUAAAUUGCAUUAAUUACAAAAUAUAAUCCAUAAGUGGUGAAAGUGUUUUCGAAAAUGGAACGUCUCUCGUUUGUGCUUCUCCUUACAUUUUUCCUCGCAGUAAACGGUUCUGGCAGAGGACAAGAUGGAUCCGAAUUCUUUUCAAGUCUGGAAAAGAUUAUACAAACUCCAAGUUUAAUGAGUACAGUGGCAUGCGCAAACCCAACACGUGCCGAUUUCGAACUGCAGCUCUUCACGCGAGACAACCCAAUGGAUCCCGUUCCUUUAAACAUGAAAAAUCCGGAAUUAGAUCCGACCAAACCAAUUAUAGUUAUCAUACACGGAUGGGCGCAGUCGCCCACCGCGUACGGCAUGCAGGACAUGAAAAAGGCGUACUUGUACCGUUACGAUAGCAACGUAAUUAUGGUCAACUGGCAAGAUCUCGCCUGGGAUUACUACCCCACUGCAGUUUGUAAAGUACCAAAGUUGGCUAAGAUGAUUGCGGAUUUCCUGUGCACACUUUCCGAGAUUUACGACAUCGAUCUCGAAACGGUUCACUUCGUCGGCCAUUCUUUGGGCGCGCACAUGUCAGGUGUGGCCGGGUACCACACGCAGAAUAUGUGCCGUCAAAAAAUUGGAAGAAUCACAGGACUUGAUCCUGCCGGACCUUUAUUUGUCGACACCGAAAGACCUAACCGACUGGAUUCCUCCGACGCAUCUUUCGUGGACGUCAUCCAUACCAACGGAGGUUUCUUGGGCUACCUUGGCAAUUGCGGUCACGCAGAUUUUUACAUUAACUGCGGCUCAAUUCAGGUCGGUUGCACGAUGCCGGAUUAUAGUCUUAACAGUUUUAUGAAUCUGCCAAUGUCGAUAGGCAUGUGUCACCACAUGAGAUCGAUCGAUAUAUGGACCGAAGCUGUUCAGACAGAUAACUUCAAGGCUAUCCCCUGUUAUUACUGUCCGAUAGGGUGUCCUCCCGUAUUCAGUAUGUUCAAAACGAGAACCAUGAUGGGAGAAAGGUGCCCACGCAAUGCAAGUGGUGGAUACUACGUGAAGACCGAUGUUAAGAAACCAUAUGCUCUAACAUCUUUGAUAUAACUUAUACAUUCGCUUUCAAAUUAAAUGGUUGCCUUCGAU